ACAACAUUGAAGUGCUAAUUUAUGUAUAUAAAUUGUAUUCAUCGAUAAACAUACAGACGCUUGUCACGCUAAUCACUAUUUUGCAGUCGUAAUUGGAUCUUGAACGCUGUGGGGAAUACCAAGUGAUGCAUUAAUGGACGGGUGAUUGAGCGUUUGUUUGGUAUAAUUAUUGGCGCGGUUUGAUAUCCCGCUGUUGUUGAGUGAGUCAUUCGAGGUGUGUAACCAUGGACACCGACGAUGGAGAAUCAUCUAGCAGCGGUCCUAUGUCUAGCUUGAACAGUUUGUUUUCAUUCACAAGCCCGGCAGUAAAGAAGUUAUUGGGUUGGAAGCAGGGUGAUGAAGAAGAAAAAUGGGCAGAAAAAGCUGUGGACAGUUUGGUUAAAAAACUGAAGAAGCGCAAGGGAGCCAUUGAGGAACUGGAGAGGGCACUGUCAUGUCCAGGAACUCCUUCCAAAUGUGUCACCAUACCACGCUCACUAGAUGGUAGAUUACAGGUGUCACACAGAAAAGGUUUGCCGCACGUCAUCUACUGCCGCGUGUGGCGCUGGCCGGAUCUCCAGAGCCACCACGAGCUCAAGCCGCUGGAGAUAUGCCAGUACCCAUUCAGCGCUAAACAGAAGGAGGUGUGCAUCAAUCCUUAUCACUACAAACGCGUCGAGAGUCCCGUCCUGCCGCCCGUUCUGGUGCCGAGGCACUCGGAGUUUGCGCCCGGACAUUCCCUUCUGCCCUUCCAGCGGACCACGGAGCCGGCGAUGCCCCACAACAUGUCCUACUCGGGCUCCGGGUUCCCGCCGUCCGCGAGCUCCGAGCUGCCGGAGACUCCGCCUCCCUCGUACUCUCCUCCCUCGGACGAUUCGGAGCCCCCCGGGGAGGUGGCCCCGGUGUCGUACCAGGAGCCGUUGUAUUGGGCGUCGAUCGCUUACUACGAGCUGAACUGCCGCGUGGGGGAGGUGUUCCACUGCAGCUCGCACACGGUGGUCGUGGACGGGUUCACCGACCCCUCCAGCAACAGCGACCGGUUCUGUCUCGGGCAGCUGAGCAACGUCAACAGGAACUCUACGAUAGAGAACACGAGACGUCACAUAGGCAAGGGCGUCCACCUCUACUACGUCGGCGGGGAGGUGUACGCCGAAUGUUUGUCGGACGCGGCUAUAUUCGUUCAGAGUCGCAACUGCAACCACCACCACGGCUUCCACCCGUCGACCGUGUGCAAGAUCCCCCCGGGCUGCUCCCUGAAGAUCUUCAACAACAGGGAGUUCGCUCAGCUGCUGUCGCAGAGCGUGAACCACGGCUUCGAGGCGGUGUACGAGCUGACCAAGAUGUGCACGAUCAGGAUGUCGUUCGUGAAGGGCUGGGGGGCGGAGUACCACCGCCAGGACGUGACGUCGACGCCUUGCUGGAUAGAGAUCCACCUGCACGGGCCGCUGCAGUGGUUGGACAAGGUUCUGACGCAGAUGGGCUCGCCUCACAACGCGAUAUCUUCCGUGUCCUAGUCGUGCUGAGCCCCGUCCGCCUCCCGCCGGGGGGAAUGUCCGAGAGCAACCCACCGAGCUUCGUUAACCUAAUCUCGGUGCAGUCGUGCAUUUUCAUUCUGUGUGAAUUUUCUAGAGUUGUAUAUAAAAAAUUGUGACGUCUCCAAUCGUCCCCGAAUUCGUUUCCCUCGGUAAUGCAGCUCAAAAGUACGUGUCGUUUCAGAAUUUUAAGACGUAGGCGUAAUUAUUAUAGAUACUAGUGUAAUGUUAAGUGAAAAUUAUACUCGUGAAUGUAUAUGACAAGGUAAAAGAUAUUAUGUUGAUGUAAAUAAGAUUUAUUUUUGCUGAACGAGUGUGGCAUCUAAACGAACAGUUAUCUGGCACAAAUAUUUGAAGAAUGCGAAUUGAGUAUGAAGAAUUAUUUUAGAUAUAAGUAUGUAUAUUAGCGUCGAUCGUGUAUUCGCUUUGAAACAUGUCGAGGAAUACGAUUUGUAUGAUCGUACAGCUCGUUAGGUUUCCUGUAGUCGUAGUCUGAUUUUGUGGCUUCCUGGAGUCUGCCUCUGAACUCUCGCAAACUUCCGCAAACAGAAUAUGGGCGAUGACUGGG